AUGGCCAACUCUGAGGAGACGCCCGCGCAGCGACAAGCACGAAUCCGUCAACAGAAACGCGAGGCUAAGAUCAAUGCAAAUGCUCAGGAGAGACUGGAUAAGAUUACCAACCUGGGUGGCCGGGCUCCCGAGCCAGUGCGCAAAGAGCCACCUUCGCGAACGCCGGAUGCGGCAGCACCGAGUCCCGCCACGAACAGACAAGUGCCAUUCGGUGCAGGUGCGCCGCCGCCGAACAACAAUAGCCUAACACCGGAGCAAGCCAGAAUGCAAGAAGAGUAUAUGAAGGCUCUCUUCCAGGGACCUCCGGCAGGAGCGGUUGGCCAAGAUCAAAGUGCACAACAGCCAGGCGCAGAUGACCCAAUGAUGCAGAUGCUGCAGUCUCUUAUGGGCAACAUGAGCGGCGACCCAGGUCAGGGCGGCGCGAACAACAACCCUGGCGGCCUGCCAUUCUCUCCUGACGAUUUGGCUCAGGCAACCGGUCUACCUAGCUGGGCGACGGGAAUGAUGUUCGGCGGAGGAAAGGCACCACCGACUCCAGCACAGGAACAGAGUCAGAGGAUGUGGAAGAUAUUGCAUGUUGUCGUUUCUGUGCUUUGUGGCGUCUACAUGUUGUUCGCCGUGAACAGAUCUGUCCGCACCUUCGGAUUAGAUCCGCCUGCGCCUCCAACCUUUCAGAAUCCAUUCAUGGUGUUCAUCAUGGCUCAGCUUCUGCUGCAAGGAACGAGGAUACUAUCAGCCGGUCAGGCGGAGAAAAAGGGUAUCGGUCUAUGGUUCCAGAUGCUAAAGCAGUUAGCACGUGACGGUGCAGUCGUGGUAUUCAUGCUUGGCUGCGCCAGUUGGUGGAAAGGCAACAGCUAG